GUGUCAUCUAAGCAGCACUCACCUUCUAUAUGCCACCUAUACUCAUUCCAUCACCGAGUGCUCCGAGCCAACCGAGUCUCCGAACCCACCGAGUCUCCGAAUUCUCAUAGUAGUAUAAGGACAUGUCUAACCUAGUAUCCUUGAGGCCUACUUGUAACAGUUUCUAAGCAACUUUACCUUUUCUAAACACUUUGAAGAUGUUCUACAAACCAGGCGAGACACCCCACGGUCUUCCCCACGACCCUUUCAAGGCGUGCGUGGUCCCUCGACCAAUAGGAUGGAUCUCAACCGUCUCUGUCGAUGGCGAACACAACCUGGCACCUUAUAGCCAGUUCAACAAUCUAACUUUUGAUCCACCGCUGGUCAUGUUCAGCUCGAACCAGACCUUGCAGAACAAUAGGAAGGACACUGUCAACAAUGCCGAGAGCACGGGCGUUUUUUGCUGGCAGCUCGCAACCUACGAUCUGCGGGAUGCCGUAAACAUCACCUCGGAGGCGGUGCCGGCUUCGGUAGACGAGUUUGAGAAGGCCGGCCUCAAAAAGACGUGGUCGCAGACGCUGAAGACGCCGGUGCCUAUGGUUGAAGCGAGCCCUGUCAGGUUCGAGUGCGAGUAUGUGCAAACCAUCCGGCUACCAGGAAACCCACCAAUGGGAACGGUUGACAUUGUGAUUGGUAAGGUCGUGGGCGUGCAUAUUGAUGAGAGCAUACUCACGGAUGGCAAAAUCGACAUUCGCAAGUCAAAGCCAAUUGCGAGGUUGGGUUAUUUUGAGUAUGGCGUUAUUGACAAGUCUUUCGAAAUGAUUAUUCCUGGAGAUAGGGCUGGGCUCUAUGGACUCGAAGGAAAUGCAGCAUCAAACCGAAACGAAGACAACAAGCAGAAGCAAACUAGCCAGUCAAAUGGUACAACAGGUGACGACAAAUAAGCACAACUUCGAAGAAAUCAAGUCACCCAAGCCUGUGACGAAUACCGGCUCCAGUCAUCUGCAGCUCAUUGAUAGAAAAUUUGAGAAAUGAAUGCAAAUUCCUGCUUCAUUAUCUUGUUGUAGAAUAAAGGCAGGCUGCGCAUACAAAAGCUUACGCAAGAGUCACACGAAUAUCCAUACCUACGAACAGGUAUCUACAUUUAAAUGUUUAACGGACAUAAGUGACCUCGAAACUCUUUAUGGAACAAUUUGUGGCAAAUCUC